UCCAUCGCAGGAGAGACCCUCUUCCCUUUUAGAGAUGCUGCCAUUGUUUCGAUAGACAGAACGCAGAGAAAAGUAGGCUUAAGUGUUGUUAGGGCAGCGUUGUGUAGUCGCCACUAAGCUUGGAAGAUAUAUCUUUGAUAACGACAAGGAACUGGACUUUGAUUUUAUAAAACACGGGGUUAAUACAAGAUUGUCAUUAAGGAUUUACCUGAGUUUGUCACCAUGGUCGUGAUGCACGAGAGCAUAGUUGAAGAAGCCCAAAUGCGGAGGAGCUCGUCACCUCUGAGAAUGGUCGCCGCCGCCGCUGCCGCCGCCGCUGCCAGAUCUUCCGAUCACCUCCCUCAGCCACACUUGACCGUUCCGUCACCGCUGAGGCCACGCUCUUAUUUACCGGCACCCAUACCGGUCUACCCGCCGUCGAUGUUCAACGCCGCCGCCGCCGCUGCUCACGCUUGGCAGUACGCUGUCCACGCCGGGCUUCCCCUCUAUCACGGCGGAUUGACCAUGAGUACCUGGUCAUCGCAGUCCCUCUUGCGCUCCCUUCAUGGUCAUCCUCACCCCGUGGUCAGCGUCCCUGAUGUCCCGAGAGGUCGGCCAGUGGUCAGUGAGGUGACCAAGGAACGCGAUCUGCCCAUUGACCUGUCCCGGUCUUCCAUUGGUGCUGGACUUUUGAACGGAAGGAAAGAAGAGAAGCCAGCGCCGAAGUUUGACUUUGCCCACCUGGCCGAGGCAGCGACACACGAGUACGACAGACUGAAGAAAGACAGUACGGAGGAGACACCCAACAAAGACGCUCAGAUUGUCAGCCAUGCCAUGGCGCAGGUGUUAGCGGGGCUCAGGUAUGACCCCGCGCUGGCCAGCAUGUAUCCACCAGUGACCGGGAUGUUUGAGCCUAAGAAGAGAGGACGCGCUAGUAGACCAAAGAAAGAGUUUAUUUGCCGGUUUUGCCAGCGUCAUUUUACGAAGUCCUACAAUCUUUUGAUCCAUGAACGCACGCACACAGACGAACGUCCUUAUCCUUGUGACAUCUGCGGGAAAGCUUUCAGGAGACAAGAUCAUCUUAGAGAUCAUAGGUACAUCCACUCCAAAGAGAAGCCGUUCAAAUGCAGCGAAUGCGGCAAGGGCUUCUGUCAGUCGAGGACUUUAGCAGUUCAUAAAACACUUCACAUGCAGGAAUCUCCACACAAGUGCGCCACCUGUGGCAAGACGUUCAACCAGCGUUCUAAUCUGAAGACACACCUCCUCACUCACACCGACUUCAAACCCUACAACUGCGGAGAUUGUGGGAAGGUGUUCCGCAGAAAUUGCGAUCUCAGACGACACACGCUGACGCACUCGCCGCUCCUGAAUCCCGACGGCGCGCUGGCCGACGUCUCCAUGGCAACCAGUGAUAGUGAACUUCCGGAUCAAAGUUAUGUCGAAGUUUAAAUAAUAGUUGUUUGAGUGAAUUGACAUUUUUUGUUCAUUUAUGGAACUUCGUUAGCAAAAUCUACUGACUUACACAGUGAAAAUACAUAUAUAAUUCCAUUCACCAUUUGAUUGAAAAGAAGAUCACUAAAACAAAACUCGAAAAAAAUAUUUUUCAGGGUCUCGUGGUGACCAAACUAUGAUUUUAUUAUUAUCACUAUCGAUUUGUAAAUAUAUAUAUGGAUAUUUAUUUUCUUGUAUAUACGUCACCUUUGCCGAGCAAUUCGGCAAGAAAACAGCAUGGAAAAUGAUCUGAAUUUGCAAACCAUAUAGAUAUAUUAGCUGUACAUAGACUACUUUAUUUUUAAGUUUUUGCUGAUAUUUUAGAAAAUGUCAAUAUUAAUUUGUUAAUCAUUUUGCUACAUGCCAAUUAGAAAAGAAGAAACCGAAAUUCUCAGGGCUAGCGACAAUUAUACCAAUGAUUACUUGAUGAUUGAAUGGUGCUUUAAGUAAUUAUGAUAAUGGAAAUUAAUUUUAAAUUUAAUAUUUUGUUUUAACUUGAAGCUUUAAUGCUCUUUGCUGAUUGGUGCCAUAAAUUUCAAUGUACUAAUUUGUUUAUAGUGAUUUGAUGAAUGUCUGUCUAUAUGUUUGUUGCAAUAUGUCAUGUGCUUACAUGUAUCUGCCUUUAUGUCUGUCUGUCU